AUGGUGCCUGCGCCUGGCACGCCGGUGGGUGGUGAACGCCCUUCGCGGCAGCUGGCUGCGGCCUCUGGCGGUGCCAUGGAUGUGGACUCUGGAGUGGCGGCUGCUGUGGAUGAUAUUCCUAUGGCCGCUGCUCCUGCGCCAGGGCAGGGGCGCCUCUACUGCCCUGUUCCAGGUUGCCCUUGCACAGAUCCGGCUAGGGCCCCUGGUUGGCAGAGUGAGAGCACUUUGCGUGCCCACGUGGAUGCCCACCUUAGUGGCUCCCUUCUUGGCCAAGUGCCUUCAGACUGGCUGCAGGCACGUGGUCGUCAGCGAUGUGGGGUGUGCGGCUUGAGCGUCGCUACCCGCUUUGGCAUCCACCCAACGUGCCGCCCUGCAGCCCGGGCGGCUGCACCGCCGGCGGCACGGAGACCAGCCGGGCCAGAUGAUGGGGUGUUGCCAUCUGUGUCAGAAUUGCAGUCCAGUCGGACACCUACUUUGCGGCAUGUUCCUCUCAGUGCUCGUUCUCUGUGGGCCCGCUGCUUCACCCGCGCUCUCGCCGCAGUUGCGGAGUACAAUGAUGAACGGGCUUGGGUGCACCUGCUGAUGCUGCCCCACACUGUCUUGUGUGCCCCGCCGCGUGGAGGCCGCAAGCACCAGCGGGCUGCUGCUGCUUUCACUGUCGAGAGGCUGCAGCGAUGGCAAGAUGGCGAACGGGCCUCCUUGUGGCUCAGCCGGCCACAGCCGUCCAAGCGGGCCCAGAGGCACCUCACGGACGAACAAAAGGAGGAAUAUGCCAUAGGACUGGCCCGUGAAGGUUUUGACAAGAAAGCCUGCACCGCCCUGCUUUCGCAGGGGCUUUGCCCGGAGACGCCUGAGAUUGUUGCUGCCCUGCGCCUGCUGCAUCCGACGUCCCCAGCCCCCUCGGUGUCUCCAUUGCACGAGCUGCCCAUGGCCCCAGUGCUAGACGUCGAGUGCGUCAGCAAAGCUCUUCGGAGCUUCCCUGCCGACACGGCGCCUGGCCCUACCGGCCUGCGGAUCCAGCAUGUGCGGGACGCCCUGGGGCUUGGUGCGGGAGAUGCUCUCAUGGACCAGUUGACGGCGGUGGUCAACCUGCUCGUGCAAGGGCAUGCAUGCAGCAGCAUCAUGCCUUUGCUUGCUGGGGCGGGGCUGGUGGCAUUACCUAAGCCAUCCAAAGGUGUGCGUCCAAUUGCUAUUGGAGAGCUCCUGCGCCGCCUGACGGCCAAGUGCCUCAUGCAUGAGGCAGCCAGCACCUUGCAGUUUGGCAGUGCAACCCUCAGCUCCACUUCCGGUGUGCAGCAGGGCGACCCCUUAGGCCCGCUGCUUUUUGCCGCUGCGCUGCAGCCUGUUGCGGCAGCCUUGCGAAAUGGGCCCGUUGAUUUUUCCGUCUUCUACUUGGAUGACGGGGUCUUGGCUGGCCCCGUUGAAGCUGUGGCGCAGGCUCUGGGAACGCUGCAGCAAGCUUCUGCCAACCUGGGGCUGACUUUGAACCUUGACAAGAGUGAAGCUAUUGCAGUUGGAAGAACCAGCUCUGCCGCCUUGGCGGCGCACCUGCCUUCUGCUUUGCUCACUCAACCUGAUGGGGUGAGCCGUGUUUUGAGGGACUUUGAAUUUCUGGGUGCAGCCAUUGGACGGCCUGCUUUUUUGGAAGCACACGCCGCCAGCCGUGUUGAAGCUGCCAGCAAGCUUCUGGACGCUGUUGGAGAACUUCCUGAUCCUCAAGUCGCCUUGCGGCUGCUCCGGGCCUCAGCGGGCUUUGCCCGCCUGGUGCACACCAUGCGGUGCUGCCCUCCUGCAGGACACAGCCAAGCCCUCGGGAAAUUUGACCAGCUCGUGCAAACUUGUUUCAGCACUUUCAGCGGUCUGCACCUUGAACCUAGCCAGUGGGAGCAGGCCACCCGUGGCUUGAGCCAUGCUGGCCUCGGACUUCGCUCCACCCGCCAGCAUGCCGCUGGUGCCUACUUGUCCUCUGUGGGCGGAUGUGUUGACCUCUGCGGCGACUUGGACAGCGGCUACUGGGUGGACCACUCCGGGGACAUUGCUGCCGCUUUGUCCGACCUGAAUGCCGCCCUCCCCCCAAACCAACAAUUGGCGGCCACCACGGCCUUGGCCCAUACGCAAAAGCAGCUCAGCAACUUGGUGGAUGAGGCAGGCUGGACAUCGCAACUUGCCGGCGCCUCGGCCGUUCAAAAAGCCACUCUCCUUUCUGAAGCAGCUCCUGGUGCCAGAGCGUUUCUCACUUGUGUCCCAAGCGGGCGCACCAAGAUGGAGCCUGCCCUCUUCCUUGCGGAAGUGCGUGUGCGGCUUGGUGUGCCUGAAGCCAGCCAAGAUGCUUGGUGUCCCAAGUGCGAUGCAGUGCUCGACACCCAUGGGCAUCAUUCUGGCAUGUGCCUAGCUGGCGGGGAGCGCGUGCUUCGGCACAACGCGCUCCGCGACCUGGUCUACAGCUGGGCUGAGAGGGCGUGCUUACGGCCUGAAAAGGAACGGGCUGGGCUUCUGCUGCCCCAACGACCAGAUGACGUCAGCAGCGCCCGCCGCCGACCAGCCGAUGUAUACCUUCCCUCUUUCCUUGGUCGUCCAACUGCACUUGACUUUGCCGUCACGGCACCUCAGCGGUUGGACGUUCUUGGAGCCAGGGGAGCCACUACAGCUGCUGUGGCUUAUGCUGACCACAAGCGCCGACAUCUCGACACUGCGGCUGCAUGCGAAGCCCAGCAAGUCGCCUUUUUGCCGAUGGUGGUUGAGACCACCGGGGCUUGGGCCCCCGAGGCUGCCAAGGCAUUGGGGCACAUUGCUCGCUGCGUUGCUGCAGGCACUAUGGCAGACCCCGCUGCUGCGACCUUGCUGCAGCAGGCAUGCGUCCUGGUGCGAUCUUGGCGGGCCAGGGCGGCCUUGCGCCGCAGGGCUGAGCUGACCAGCUAG